CCCAGCCUGCACUUUCCACUCACUCCCGUCAAGACGUUUGCCCCGCCGCUCUGCUUCUCCAAGGAGGGACACUGGCCAAGGGCAACAAAAAUCUGCGGAAUACUUCGGAAUUGAAGAAAAAAAUACUGCGGAAUAGAGCAGGUUCAGCUGAGGAGCGUUCACGAGAAGGAUGCAGGGCACCAUGUUGUCCAGGGUGAACAAGGAUUUGCUGCCUCUCAAGAUACACUAUUUCUUCAAAUAUGGGGGCAUCGCUUUCUUCACGUUCCUGCCGGUGGUGGCGCGACAGAAGGGCAUCCCUGCAGUGGCGGUGGGCCUCAUAUGGAUGGUGACGCCCAUGUCCAGCUGUGCCAUCAAUCUCUUCACAUCCGCUAUGGCAGACAAGUUCAAAGUUUACCGCACCAUGUUUUUGAGCGGCAUGGUAACACUUACAAUCUCAUUCAUUUCUUUCUUCCUGCUACCCAACGUUGUGAUUCAGACCCCCAUGCCACACUACAGCACUUCGCCGCCCCUCCACUGCACUGAUCUCAACGUGUCCACCCUGGCACUGUGCUCAACCGCUGUUCCGGACCAUCUCUCGUCCUGGAAGUGUAGCGAAAAGGCUGACAGUGAGAAAGAUGAUCGGCAUUGUGUUCUGAAGUGUUAUGACCAACAGAAUGUGUUUAAUCGGACGUUUAUGUUUAAGGAUUUAAAUCUUAACUUCAACUCUGUUGCCAUCGACCAAUAUCACGUGUGUGAGGAGGAGUUUUGCACGUUCAUCAGUUCAUCACCCUCUUCGUGUGGCGCCCAGCACAUAUUUGCCAACUGCAGCUACUAUUGCGAGGCAGAGCCGCUCACCUUGCUGCAGCUAACACAAAAGGGAGAGUUCUGGUUGAUUUUCGUGAUGCUGAUAAUAAUAUACGGCGGCAACUCCACGACCACCACCAUGGCCGACACCAUUUGUUUCCAGCUGCUCGGCAAGGAGCGGCGCCAUCUGUACGGCCGCCAAAGGUUGUUUGGCAGCAUUGGCUGGGGCAUCGUGGGCCUGUCUGGGGGCGCCCUUGUCGAUUAUUUUUCCCAUGGCAAUAAUAAACAAGCGAACUACAUACCGGUGGUGGUGCUGGCCAGCAUCUUUCUGGGGUGUAAUCUGGUGGCGUCCUUUCGCAUUCCUUUCAAAGUACACGACCGAGAAAAAUUAAAGGCCAGCCACGUGGGACGUGCCCUCUGCAACUUCCCUUUCCUGCUGUACAUACUCACGGUGGUGGUGUGCGGCCUGAACAUGGGCAUCGUGUGGACCUUCAUCUUUAUCGUGGUGGAGGACGUUGCUGGUCCAGCCUUCGCCCACCUCAAGCUGCUUCAGGGCAUCUUCAUGGGCGUCGGCUGCUUUCUUGGUGAAGUUCCAUCUCUCUUCCUCUCCGCACUGGUGAUUAAGAAGCUGGGCAGCGAGAUCACCUUCGGCAUCUCCCUGACGGCCAUGGCGGUGCGGGUAUUCCUGUACUCCACGGUGAGCAACCCAUGGUUCUUCCCGCCCAUUGAGCUGCUGCACGGGACGUCCUUCGGGCUCUUCUACCCCAACAUGAUCGCCACCGCCAGCCAAAUGUCUCCUCCCGGCGCCAUGGCUACCGUGCAGGGAAUAGUCAAAACCACCUUCAUCACAGGUGUCUCGCUGGGGAGUCUGGUCGGGGGUCUGAUGGUUUCUGCUGUCGGGGGAUCCAAUGCCUUCUUCUAUCUGGGUGUCUUUGACACAACCUACGUCGUGCUUUUCAGCAUUGCCCAAUACCUGCUGCACACUCACUGCGCGCCAGGCGCGCCGGUGGACUACCAUGCCCCUGGAACAGUGGAGACGGAUUUAAAUAUGAUACCGGAAGAGCAGAGGAGUGUGUGUGACCUCCAGGUGUGCACUCCUUGCCCUGUCCUACCUGAAAUUGAGCACUCCGAGCAUUCAGAACACCGCGAGGAGACCAAGCAUGCUAUGAUCUAGCUUCCUCCAUGCAGAGUGACGAGGCUGGACGAGGCCAGUACUGAGGCAUUGCGGCAACACAGCCUUUCAAGCGUACCGCGCAUUCAUAUUUAUGCAGUCGAGGUGAGAGAA